CGGGGAGCGCGGGCGGAGGCGGUGCGCUGGGCGCUUCCUGUUCCGGCGCCAGGAGGAGCCGCGCGCUGCUGGUGCUGGUGCUGCUGCUGCUGCUGCUGCUGCCGCCGCCGCUGCCGUCCGUCAGUCAUCCUGUGCCGGAUUCUUCGGCGCCUAGCCCCUGGGACCGAUCGCCGCUUCUAGAACCUUCUGCGGGCUUGGAUCUUACUGGGAAAAUGUCUGAUGAAUUUUCGUUGGCAGAUGCGCUACCUGAACACUCCCCUGCCAAAACUUCUGCUGUGAGCAAUACAAAAUCUGGCCAAGCUCCUCAAGGCUGGCCAGGUUCCAACCCUUGGAAUAGCCCAAGUGCUCCACCUUCUGUGCCAUCUGGACUCCCACCAAGUGCAACAGCCUCCACUGUGCCUUUUGGACCAGCACCAACAGGAAUGUAUCCCUCUGUGCCUCCCACCGGACCACCUCCAGGACCCCCAGCACCCUUUCCUCCUUCUGGACCAUCAUGCCCCCCACCUGGUGGUCCUUAUCCAGCCCCAACUGUGCCAGGUCCUGGCCCCACAGGGCCAUAUCCUACACCAAAUAUGCCCUUUCCAGAGCUACCUAGACCAUAUGGUGCACCCACAGAUCCAGCUGCAGGUGGUCCUUUAGGUCCAUGGGGAUCCAUGUCUUCUGGACCUUGGGCACCAGGAAUGGGAGGGCAGUAUCCUACCCCUAAUAUGCCAUAUCCAUCUCCAGGGCCAUAUCCCGCUCCUCCUCCUCCCCAAGCACCAGGGGCAGCACCACCUGUUCCGUGGGGCACUGUUCCACCGGGAGCCUGGGGACCACCAGCACCAUAUCCUGCCCCUGCGGGAUCAUAUCCCACACCAGGACUGUAUCCUACUCCCAGUAAUCCUUUUCAAGUGCCUUCAGGACCUUCUGGUGCUCCACCAAUGCCUGGUGGCCCCCAUUCUUACCAUUAAGUUAACAAUGGACGAAGAGAUGACGCUUUGCUUUUUGAAGUACGUAUAUAUGCACAUGAAUGCAUAUAUAAAAAUUGCUGGUUUCACUAUUCUUAGAGGGCAUUCAUGAAAGAACAACUCUUGCACCUCUCAGAGAAGAUAACUGCCUCUUGUACUUGGAUGUGUAGUACAUCAGAUGGAUACAAUCAGAUGAAAACAGAAGUAAAUCAUUCAGAUGUGAUUUUUAUUUGGUUUUCAUGGAAAAAGUGAUUAAGUAUACUGAAUAGCUCUUUGAUUAACAAUUUGUUUAAGUUAUGAAAUUACACUUAAAAGUCUAAGAUUAUAUGUUAGGAUCUGCAACUUCAUUGGCAAAUUAUUUCAAGUAUUUUUCUAUAGUCACUUCCCCUCGUAAAUAAACUUUGAAAAUAAUCACAUUAUAAUGUAAACAAAUGAUGCCUCAACACUUUGAGCUGCUCUAUCUAUAGGAUAAAUAAGCUUGGUUCCCUUGAGGUUUUAUUUUGGAUAUAAAUUUUAAAACUGUCAGUAAUUGUCAGAUACUGAGUUCAGUAGCCAGCCAGUGUUCAUUUAUAUCCUUGAGCUUUUGGUAAAAACUUGCUGGUUUUAUUUUUAGCCAUGUGGGUCAUACAGCACUAAAAUCUGCCAUUUAUGGAAGCUAACUUUUUUCUUUUUAAUCCAGGCCAACAUGCAUGUAAAAUUAUACUCUUAGAGAAUUGGUGAUCGCAUUGUAUUGCUUUAGAAUGGAUUAUAAGAUGUGCUUAUUGUUUUGGGAAGAGCUCAAGGAAGAAAAUAAUUCUCUCCUUUGUUCUGAGUCUCAAACUAGAUAAAUCCUGGGAAUUGCUUUCCCACAAAACGUGAGGCAGCUCUUCUGCCCAGACCAUUCCCUGUAGCCACCCAUUAGAAGGAGCAUAUCCCUUGAUUCCUCCCUGAUACGGAAAACUGGCACACUCUGUGGGUCUGUCAAAAAGAUAUAGCAGUUAUGUUUAGAGAACCUUAAGUCAUACAGACGUGACUGUUCUCUUUGUACAAGUGUGAAUCAAAAUAUAUAUCUGUCUUUCAGAGUCUGCUUAAGCUAUGUCGUUGUCUCCUGCAUAGUUUCCUGGACCUAUUUGUAAAAUGCUUAUGGCUAACAGUUCAGUUCUGUAUUUGUUGACAGGUAAAUACGUGGCAUUGAGUGCCAUCUUUGAAAAAAUUACCCUCUAGCUCUCGCACUGAAAAUAAUAAUAAAUUGUAGAUCUCUGCAACUGAGUUUAAAGCAGUGUGACUAUGUUGCUUAAAUAUUAAGUUAUUGUUUAUAACCACCAAAACAGCCCUAGUAGCUUUUUGGCACCUUAUCUUUAAAUCAGAUUCUUAGAUUUUGAGGUUUUGAAUGUAUUCAUUGAGUUUCUAAAAUGUAUUGUGAAUUUCUCAGACCAGUAUAGGAGAGAUUUAUGCUGGAGCUCUGUUUCUGCUUAGUAAUAAAAUACUUAAUAGUUUACUUCUGCUAUAAUUAAAAUGUCAAGAAUGCCAAA